GAACAUGGCCGUUCGUUUAUGUCAAAAUAUGUUGGGACAUAAUUAACUCGAUUUUUACAACCUUUUAUCAUUUCUAAUUCUACCAAUACAUGAACUUAUUCAAUAGUUUGAUAUAUACAGAAGAUAUAUACUUUGGAUUAAUUGAAAUCAAAGUGAGCAAUCGCCUGUGGAGGGUGUUUGCCCCUUCCCGUUAGAAGUUCGUUUUCCCGAUUUGUACUCACCCUGUACUUCGUGUGUACAUUCUGUGUACACUGUGAAAACUGGUUUCAAAGCUGGCGGAUUUUCUAAUUCGGGGGUCUUCUGUCACUCACAGUAUGGCUGAUGACAAUGAUAUUAUUGGCAGUGCGUCCGAGUACAUCAAGGAUCGACUGUACUUCGCAACUUUGAGGACAAAACCAAGGUCUACUGCACAUACCCAUUAUUUCUGUAUCGAUGAAGAGUUGGUGUAUGAAAACUUCUAUGCAGAUUUUGGGCCAUUGAAUCUGGCACAGCUCUAUCGAUAUUGCUGUAAAUUGAACAGAAAACUCAAGUCUUUUUCACUGGCAAAGAAGAAAAUAGUUCACUACACAAGUUUCGAUGCAAGAAAACGUGCCAAUGCAGCUUGCCUUAUAGCAUGCUAUGCUAUAAUAUAUCUAAAGAAGACCCCCGAAGAAGCUUACAGGCCACUUGUGGCUGGAUCAAAUCCGCCAUUUUUACCAUUUCGGGAUGCAUCAUUUGGUACCAGUACAUACAAUUUGAUGUUACUUGACGUUCUUCAUGGCUUGAACAAGGCAUUAGUCCAUGGUUUCUUCAGUUUCGAUACGUUUGAUGUUCACGAGUAUGAACACUAUGAGCGGGUGGAAAAUGGGGAUUUGAACUGGAUAGUGCCUGGUAAAUUCCUAGCAUUUAGCGGCCCACACAAUAAAAGCAGAAUAGAAAAUGGCUACCCGCAGCAUGCCCCUGAGGCAUACUUCGCUUACUUUCGCAAGCAUAAUGUGACGACAAUCGUCCGGCUAAACAAGAAAAACUACGAUGCCAGACGGUUCCUUGAUGCAGGUUUCGACCACCAGGAUCUCUUUUUUAUCGAUGGGAGUGUUCCUAGCGAACAGAUAGUCCGGCAGUUCAUAGACUUGAGUGAAAAAACUGAUGGUGCUAUUGCUGUCCAUUGUAAAGCUGGUCUUGGCAGGACAGGUACGCUGAUUGCGUGCUACCUUAUGAAACACUUCAAAUUCACAGCAGCAGAAUGUGUAGGUUGGCUUAGGAUAUGUCGGCCAGGCUCUAUAAUUGGGCCACAGCAACAUUUCUUAGAAGAGAAACAGUCAUGGUGUUGGAUGCAGGGUGAUCUGCAACGUGCCAAACUGAAGGAGCAGGACAAGCGACGAGAGAAACAGAGUGUAUCGCGCAUCCUCACCGGGGUGGAUGACAUGAGAAUAGAGGACAAUAAAAUCUCUAUAGACGAUUCAUUCCUAUAUAAAUCAGGAAGUUUUGAUGAGUGUUUGCAACCACCCAGAGCUACAGUUCUGUAUCUCUAUCACCCCCGCAAUGUGAAGAACAACCACCUGAAGGAAGAGUAUGAAGCACCAGUUACACGGAGUUCAGCAGGUAUAAUGACUCAGGGUGAUAAGCUGAACCAGCUCAAGGCACAGCGAAAGCAUACCAGGGCAUCAACCACAGGCACGCUGCGCAUAGAAGAGAAGAGUCAUAAGCGCAUCACAGCACCACAUACUAGACUGGGUGGAACCAAAAGUGCGCAGGGCUCAACAAUGACCGCCAAAACCACGAAAAGUCCGUCAGCGAACACAACAAACGGUUCUAAACGGACGGGUCGCCAUUCGUCAGCCGGACCUUCAUCAGUGUCCAUGAAGGGUACACCAAUAAAGCUGUUACCGGAGUAUCUAAGUUCAUCCGAGACAGAGGAGGAUGACCAGCCUGAAUACAUGGAGAUUGGCGAAUCUUACUCAAACAAUCGUAAUUUUGCCAGUGACUCGGUAAGGCCUUCCGAAUAUGUAGAUUUUAAGUCACGAGAGUUUAUGCGGGACCCAUACUAUACUAGAUCUACCGACCUUUAUACCACCAGUCAUGCUGAUAAUUCAUACUCAUCCAUGAAAUCGAAGACACUUCCACUCAAGACUCGUAAUCGUACAUAUUACGAGCCACCGAUCCACUCAUCAUACACGUACUACUAGAGCAUCAAUGAUGCGAUGAUCCAAAUGAGGCAGAAACCCCAGCCAGAAUUCCAACGCUACAAAAACUUGCAUAAUGACCAUUCAAGGACUCCGAUUUGAAGUUAGACAAGUUUUGCCAAACUGUGGAGGUGACAUGAUUACCUUUACGAUACAGUGAGGAGGGAUUGGACUUUUAAUUAGUAGAAUUUUAAUGAUAAUGUAAAUGAUGGGAGAUAUAUGAUCACAUCUGUCAUUAGUUAGUUAUUAGAUCAUGUAGGCAGGCAGCUACUGACUGGCGCAUCAAAUGAAUGUGUUAGAUCACUUCUAAUAAUGUGCCACUACACCAUACUUGUGCCCAAUUAUCAAAUUUAAAGAAAUUGAGAGAGUAAUGUAUAUUAUCGUCAUGCACAUCACUGUAUAUUUUACAUGUACAUUAUAUUAUAGGGUGGUUGUGUGUCUAUUCCUUAUUUAUCAAGGUAUUGAUAAGGUAAUGACAUAGGCAUAUAGUAGGGUAGGGUCACAACUUCAGCACUCAUUUCUUCUCCAGCUAGGUAGCAGGCACCAGGGGGAUACACUGUAUUCUCCGUGUUUAAUAUCCCUUAUGCGACUGUGAUACAUUUUAGGGUGCCAUGCCCAAAUGAGGGUCUUGGUGUAAAGUAUUAUGAGGCUAGGUAUUCAUUUGAUUGUCUGUGCUAAUUAAUUGGUGAUGUAUGUCAAAAUUGGUUGUUCCCAUGUUACCCUUCAAUACAGACUGUUGUGUAGAAUUAUUGUUUUUUUGGCUUGAGGUUGUUUUUAUUUUGGUUAUGUUCUUGCGGUGACACAGUUGUGGUUGCACUGUUGACAUAGAAAUGUCAGGUUGGAGAAGUUAUAGUGAAUGAGUGUUUGUCCUUGGGAACUGCUUAUUUCACAAUUUUUCCCAGAGUGUCAUCGAUUCCUCUGGCUGUUAUUAGGAAUCAGAAAUAAGACUUUUUUGCAUAUCACUGCAUGGAACAAUCAAAAUAAGUGCCUAAAAAGUUACAUGUUGUUGGUGAAACUAACAUUGGAGAAUUAUUGGCAAUGUGGUUGACUUCAGCUGUUAACAGUUUGUAUUAAAGGGCGAGUCUAUUGGCCUCAUCAGUGAUGACCAUUAUUACUCAAAUGUGGUUUAAUAACGUGAUGUAAAUUUUGAAUAUUUCUACUUUGAAAAUGGCAAUAGGGGAGGACAAUCAUGUGCACCUAUCAAAACUAUUUAUUGAAAUGUGCGUCUUAUCCUUUGAUUUACUUGUGUAGGAAUGUUUUAGUUUGUGUACGAUAUAAUUUUAUUCAACUAUUUCAAUAAAUUGGUAUAUCAAUCACUGCUGGUGAAAUGGAAUGAUAGAGCAGUUUUGUUGAAAAUAAUACAACAUUUUGGUUUCAAUUUUAUUGUUUAUUUGUACCUUUUUAGAAUGGAUUUUCGUCACUCUCAUGCUGACAGUGACAGCAUGAUCAAAUUGAUUUUUUGUAUAAAUUUGAUUCACAGAGAGACUAAUUUGACAUUUUAAACCUUUUUACGAAGCUUCUAAAAUAAUGGAUUUAAUAGUACUUUUAAAUAUGAAUUGUACAUUUUUGAAUGAAUUGUGAAUUUCACUUUUGCUUGGUCAACAUUAUGAGCUAUCACGGAAAAGUAUUUUUGUGUAAUAUGAUGCCAUCAAACCACAGAUGUUUGACAGUCUAUAAAUAAGAGAUGGAUGUGGACUACACAGUGCACCAAUAAUGUAUCUUUUCUUCACUAUCAUGAAAACAUUUUCUCUUGUUUGUUGUGUAUUAAUUGAUUCAUGUACUCAUUGAUUUGUUUUUCACUCAUCAUGCAAUUUGUUAAUGUGCAUAGAGUGUAAAGAAAUGUCUUGUUUUAAAAAUACACAAGGCAAUGGAGUGAGUAAAAGUCUAUAUUAGUGGUCUUGUACGUACCACAGUUUGACCAGGUUUCAUGCACAUGAUCUGAAUAGACCAGACUAGACAACAGUCAUAGGGAUACCAACUAUGUGUACUUGGCCAUACUUUAGUGAGAACUGUUGUCAUUUACUCGUAUGCUCUUGGUCACACAAUAAAAUGGUUCAUGGUUUUUGAUGGCUGUAGGCCCAUAUUUAUUGUAAAAAUGUCAGUCUUGUUUUACGUGUUAAAUUAUAUUGUAUAGAAAGAUGUACAUAGAUGCAACUUAGUCAUAUUAUGCAGCAUAUAUUUUUAUAAGAGAAUGUGUUUACUUCAUCGGCCAAAGUUUUCCGCAGGUGGGUUUUUGUUGGCUUGACCCUGUAUUUGUAUGUUGAGUGUAUAUAUGCACAAAUGCUCACAAGGCUAAUAAAAUCUUGAGAAACCUGAACAACUUUCCCAAGCUGCUGUACAUUAAUUCAAGGUCUUUGAGCUUGAGAAGAAUUUAUGACUCUGGCUGCUUUUGUGGGAAAAGGGGUGAUUGAUCUGAGACAAAAUCGAUCAGACGCCACCACGCUAACUGGCUAUCUGCAGAUGUGUUGAAAUACAUCGAAAUUGAAAUGAAUACACCAGUUUCAAGGAAGACAUAAUGGUGUUCAUGUUUAAUAUGUGAACUGAUCCAGUUUUAGUUGUUGGUCCGCAUUUGUUUUAGUUCUUUAUGGCACAUUAGCUUAGGCAAGCUGUCAUCCAAGUGAGGCUACUCAAAUUAUGCUUUUAAUGACACCGACAUUCAAUACUGCAAUAUUGUCUUGUGAUCUACAGUUUCCGAAGAGCAUGGUGUGAUCUACUAUAUUGUGCCGCAAUAUGGGUGGCUGUGGGUUGCCCAAGGUUAUCAUGGAAAGGAGAACGGUGCCAUGCCCUUCUGAGAUUCUGUUGAUAGAUCCCUGGUUAUCCGGUGUAUUUUCUGUGAAGGGAGAUUUGUAUAAUCAUGUAUAUCCAAAUGUCAACUUGUGGUAAGGAAUGGUGUCAGUGUAAUAUCUUAAUAAUUAUCCCGCACAUUAUAAAGAUAGAUGCCAUUUCUUUGGCAGUUUUCACAUUCAGUAAUUGCUUGGAUAGUGUCCUUUAAAUUUUUAUAUAAAGCUUUGGUACUGGUAUUAUAUUGACAGUAUUUUGACACAUAAUGCAAAUAUCUUGUGUCAGAAUUGGUAAAAAGAUGAUAUAUGGUAGAUAGUGUACUUGAAAGGAAAUCAAAACUGUUAAAAUUCACUUCAUAUUCAAACUGAAAUUAAUCCUCCCCCGGCCUGAUAUUACUUCAUUCUGGUUUUCAUAAUGUAAAUCUGUGUCAGUUGCUGUGAGUUCAAUUGUUUUAGUGUUGAAGAUUUUUGUUGUUAUUGUAUUUUGUCUACAUUCAAUAACGACUGUGUCAGAUGACUCGGAGAAGACCAACUUUAGGAGAAUAACCACAUGCACCUGUGUUGUCACUUUGUGUCUAAAUGAUUAUCCUUUUCAACUUCAGCUUACCUUGUGAUGUCUUUAUUAAGAGAAAUGUAACCCAUGCCAGUAUGGUUGCAGUCCCUGACCCUAACAGCACAUUUUUAGCCUAGUUUGUUGCCCACUGUGGGAUUGGGCAUAGUGUCUGUGAUAUGACCAUUGGCUCUCAAGGCGUUCAAUCAAUGUAUUAUCAGGCUGAUGGAAACUAGUUAUCUAGUCAGCAAAAAUAAAUGGAAUUUUUAUCUACAAUGUACCAAAACUAACAAAUUGGUGACUACGAAAUGGCAGUGACACUGUCUUGGGGAUUUUGAAGGCUUCUGUUCAGGUACGUGCAUAGUACACGGGAGUGCAGCCAUAUGAAGGGUAUCUAAUCUGUCUGAAAAGUUGUCUUAAUUAUGGUCCUUGGAAAGUUAGGUAUGGUAAGGGAGUAAUGAAGUAGAUUGUAGCAUGGUUUGACAUUGUUGAUUGGUGAUCAGGUCAAUAUUCCUUAUUCAAAUGCAUUGUUAUCGUGUUUUGAUUGGAUUGUCGACAACUUUCUGGAAGUGAAAUUUUGCAUGUUUUUGACAGGCAUGUUCCCAAAGACUUACCUAAUAAUUGAGAUCUCUGUGUGUUGACGUCUUUGUGGCACACUUGGUGAACCUUUUAAAUUAUUUGAUUACUAACUAUGAAUCAUCUGCAAUAUUGGCUUGAUGGUGGUUUUUCAUCCAAGUUUACAAACUGUCUGAGUGUUGUGUGCCUCAAAUUGUUACUGUGUUGUGAAUUUUCAAGUUAACUUGUAGAUAGAAAGUUGCUUCAAAUGCUGGGUAUGUACUAUUAUAAGCUACACCAAUGUACAGUACAGGUCUACACAAAUGUACCGUUUUCAGCCUGUGUAAAUUUGGGCUAUUUUUUAUUUGACAUUUUAUAUAGAUCAGUGUAGAAAUAUCUGAGAUAUGUAUUUUAAGAUAACUUUGCUAUUUGAGAAUAAAUGAUAACCAGUCAGUGAUACCUAAA